CGGCGCGACUCCUCCCAACCCCCACCCGCCCUCUCUCAUCCACACCGCCGCGAUGCCUCCCCUGCUCCUCCUCCUCGCCGUCCUACUCCUCUUCGCCGCGGCCAACGGGUACCCACCCACCUGCGGCAACGCCACCUGCGGCGGCCUGACCAUCGCCUACCCGUUCUGGCUCAACUCGUCCUCGGCCGCCAGCUGCGGCUACCGCGGCCUCGGCCUUGCCUGCGAGGACAACACCACCCUGAUCCUCCCCGCCCAGUCCCACCACCGGUACAUAGUCUCGGGCAUCGACUAUGACACGCACUCGGUCUUCCUCGUCGACGACGUCGAGGCCGAAGCCCUCAACGCAACCAGCUGCCCGCACCUCCACUUCAACUUCACCAUCGACGCCGGCUCGGCGCUGCAGCUCACGCACUCGGACUCCAACAUCACCUUCUUCUACAACUGCAACAAGAACGCCUCAUGGCCCUCCGCCGCGGAAUUGACCGGCUGUUCAGAUUACAACAAGAGUUCGUACGUGUCAACCGGCGAUGAUGGUUACACGGGCGAGGCGUACGAGUACGGGUGCGAGGCGGCGGUGGUGGCGCCGGUGCUGGACGCUCAUAAGAAGGCCAUGAUGGAGGCGCCUCCUGCGUCAAGGUACGUUGAGGUGCUGAAGGGCGGGUUCGAGCUGAACUACAGCCCGCACUCAGAGCAGUGCGGCGCAUGCGAGCGCUCCGGCGGGUGGUGCGGCUACCGGCACAAUCAGACGCACGGCGGGGUGGGGUUCGUCUGCUACUGCGAUGGCGGGCCCACAACGGAUCAGUGCGGUAGCGGGCAUGGAUACUCAAAGACGGGAAUAAAAAAGUAUACAAUAGCAGGCAGCUCAGGCAUACUUAUGCUAUGUCUGCUUCUCUUUGCAUUCUGGUUGGGCUACAAGAAGUACGGAUCCAAAGGGAAAUCAAAGGAGACAGCAAGGAUUGAGUCCUUCCUACAGAAGAAUGGAACGGUCCAUCCGAAAAGAUACACUUAUGCACAAGUGAAAAGAAUGACGAGAUCCUUUGCUGAAAAGCUAGGUCAAGGUGGAUUUGGUGCUGUUUACAGAGGCGACCUCUCUGAUGGUCGUCAGAUAGCAGUCAAGAUGCUAAAGGACUUCAAGACUGAUGGUGAGGAUUUCAUCAAUGAGUUAGCUAGCAUUAGUAGAACUUCUCAUGUCAACGUUGUUACUCUCUUGGGAUUUUGCUUGGAAGGAUCCAAAAGGGCACUAAUUUAUGACUACAUGCCUAAUGGUUCACUUGAAAGGUAUGAUUUCAAAGAUAGCUCUGAAGGUCGAAAUACUUUAGGUUGGGAGAAAUUAUUUGAAAUAGCAGUGGGAAUUGCUCGAGGACUCGAAUAUCUGCAUAGAGGAUGCAAUACUCGCAUUGUGCACUUUGAUAUCAAACCCCACAACAUUCUAUUGGAUCAUAACUUCUGCCCAAAGAUCUCUGAUUUCGGACUGGCCAAGCUGUGCCUCAAUAAAGAAAGUGUCAUCUCCAUUGGUGGUGCAAGAGGAACAAUAGGCUAUAUUGCCCCGGAGGUUUAUUCAAAGCAAUUUGGAGCAGUAAGUAGCAAGUCUGAUGUGUACAGCUAUGGAAUGAUGGUUCUUGAGAUGGUUGGGGCAAGGGGUAAGAAUAUCAGUCCAAAUACUGAAUCUAGCAGCCAAUAUUUCCCACAAUGGAUUUAUGAACACUUGGAUGAAUACUGUAUCAGUGCUUCUGAGAUUGAUGGAGAGAUCACCGAGGUUGUAAGGAAGAUGAUAGUGGUUGGGCUGUGGUGCAUUCAGUUAAGUUCUACAGAUCGUCCAACAAUGACUAGAGUCAUCGAGAUGCUUGAAGGGAGCACAACCGGCCUUGAAUUGCCACCAAAAAUGCUCUUGAGUUGAUAGGGUUUAUACUGUUCUCGCACACUUAGCUCCAGUGU